UGAACCAAUCCCUGAAGGCUCUAGAAACUCCUCCUUCGGGGACCUCACACUCCCCCACCCCCAAAUCCCUUUAAAGUGAGGGGAUGCACCCCAGGUUGGGGAACCAGAAAACAGCCAAGCAGAAAGUCUCUCAAGCUGAUUUCUUCUCCUCCAGGGACUCAGGAGCAUCAUGCGAGCCUCUGCUGUUGAGAUCUCCAUCUUCCUUGUCCUUGGCACUCUCUACUGCCUGGCAUCCUCCUCCCCAUAUGCCUCAGACACCACACCCUGCUGUUUCACCUUCUCUACUCGGCCACCUCCUCUGGUCCAUAUCAGAGAAUACUUCUACACCAGCAGCAGAUGUGGCAACCUGGGUGUGGUCUUCAUCACCCGUAAAAACCGUCAGCUCUGUGCCAACCCUGAGAAGAAAUGGGUACGCAGUUACAUCAACUCCUUGGAGAUGAGCUAGAGAAGAAGCCCGUUGGCCUGGACGUCCAGCCUCUCCUCUUCACAGCAUCCUCCACACAGCUUCCAGACUGAGACUCCUAAACGCCCAAGCUUGGCCAUGUCACAGUCCAGCUCAAAAACCUUCAUCAACUCCCUGAUGCUUCUGGAUCAAACUACAAAUUCUUUUUUCAUAUUAAAAUCCCUUCCCACCUUGGCCACAGCCUAUUCCUCCAGGAUGAUCGCACGGCUUGCUCCUUCUCCUGUACUCUUCUCUGACCAAGAAGGUCUCCUGCCUCCUGUUCUCCACCUUCCAUCUCUCUCCUUGUGCCAUGUUUGCCUGGGCACAUUCCACUCCUGGAAUGCUCUCCAUCCUCACUCCCAACUCUUGGAAUUCCUAGCAUCCUUCAAGGCUCAGCUCAAGGGCCACCUCGGAUGGAAAACCUUCCCUGAUUCCUCCAUCGUUGCUUUCCCUGCCCUCCCAAACUCUCCUGUACUUUCCUUGUCCGCGUCUUGUGUCCACUUACCUGAGAAUCUCUAGUGGUCUUCCUCCAGGUUCUACGGGAGCUAACGGAGGGGCACAAACAGUGUUUUUGUAUUUGAUUCUGCAGUGCUUGGCACAGUAUUUAAUAAAGGCAGAAUGAUUAACUAAUU